UCGCUGAGGCUCUCCGGGAGGUUUUUUUAUUGGCCGUCGCUGAACCGGAAGUGAUUUGGUCAACAUGGCUGCGCCUGCCGGGAGGUCGGUGGUCUUCGUGACUGGAAACGCGAAAAAACUCGAAGAGGUCAUUCAGAUCCUGGGAGACAGGUUUCCAUACAAACUAGUGUCCAAAAAGAUUGACUUGCCCGAAUACCAAGGGGAGCCAGAUGACAUUUCCAUACAGAAGUGUAAGGAGGCUGCACAGCAGAUUGACGGGCCGGUCAUAGUGGAGGACACCUGUCUGUGUUUCAAGGCUCUGGGAGGCCUGCCCGGUCCUUACAUAAAGUGGUUCCUGGAUAAACUCAAGCCAGAAGGCUUGUACAAACUCCUCGCUGGGUUUGAAGAUAAAUCGGCGUGGGCUCUCUGCACCUUUGCUUUCUCUGCUGGGAAAGAUGAACCAGUGCAGCUGUUCAGAGGGAAAACGGAGGGACACAUUGUGGAACCCAGGGGUCCUCGAGACUUUGGAUGGGAUCCCUGUUUCCAGCCAGAGGGAUAUGACAAAACCUACGCCGAACUCCCCAAAGAGGUGAAGAACACCAUCUCUCACCGCUACCGGGCGCUUGCUGCCAUGUCUGAGCACUUCUCACAAACCAACGACGCCUCACCGCAGGGCGAGAAGAAGAAGAAGAAGAACCAGGAGGACUGAGGAGUCAUUUCAGCUUCAGAAUCUGCAGCGAAAUCCACCAAACCUUAAAAAAAUGUGUCGCUCCGGAGGAUUACGAAGACAUGUUUUAUGGUUGGGUCAGAAAACGUACGACAGAUAUGUGAUCACAAUGAAAAUGUGCAGCAUUCUUCUUAUUUUUAAGAAACCUAGUUUUAAAUAAACUCCUUGUUUGGUAAACUUUACUGCGAGUGGAAAGGAAAAAAGUGUGUUUAAUGAGUAAAUAGACAGACGUGAAUAAGGAGAGGAGGAACAUUAAAAAAGGUUAUGCUACAGUAAUAAACAUUUUUCUAACAAUAUA